GGAAACUCUCUCUUUCUCGUAGCUCUUUGAUCUUUGAUCGAAAACAUUGAAGCGCAAAAGAAAACACAUAAGCAAAAUGAAAAACGAGGAAACGGCAAUCACGGCCUGCUUCAUCCUGUUUUUCGUUCCCCACUACUUCUUGUCUGUUUGCUUUGGCGAAAAUCUGAGUCCAAGGCAUCUGGCUUCAACGUUGUUUCCAGUGCAGGGUUCAUGGUACUCCGGCAAUCCAAUUCAGGGUUCGACAUGGUACACCGACAAUGCAGUUGAUUAUUAUGGUGUAAUCUUGUCCUCCCGUAACAUACAUUGUAGAUUCACCUGCACUGAAAGCUGCAACAACACUAACUUCUUCUCAGUCUUUCUUUUUGCUGUUGGAGAGUAUGGCAUGGUUUGGUCAGCAAACAGAGACCAUCCUUCGAAGGAGAAUGCCACAAUAGCAAUGACAAAAUAUGGAGAUCUAAUGCUACGAGAUUCAGACGGCACAAAGGUGUGGUCGACUGAUACAUCAGGUAAGUCUGUGAUGGGCAUGAAUAUCUUUUUUCUUUGGUACAUCGGAAAUUCUAUGGGGAUGAAUAUCACUGAAGUAGGAAACUUGGUCCUUUUUGACAACACGGGAGGAAUAGUUUGGCAGUCAUUCGAUGACCCUACCGAUACAUUAGUUGAGGGGCAGCGGCUACACGAGGGUUAA